AUGCUAGAAGGCAAAGCAGUGAUAGGCGAAACAGAUAUGCUGCAAACCAUGCAGCAAGAUGCACUUGACUUAGCAGCAAAAGCCCUCGACUUCUUCGACGUCACAGACUCCACUGAGAUGGCCCGUUUCAUUAAAAAGGAAUUUGAUAGGGUAUAUGGAGGCAAUUGGCAAUGCAUUGUUGGGACGGAUUUCGCUUCAUUUGUGACGCACUGCUCCGGCUGUUUCAUCUAUUUUCACGUCGGCAGCCUCGCCAUUUUGCUGUUCAAGGGCUCAACCGCUUCCGACGACACCGACACCGACGACGAACCUCACCCGUCUCCGCCGCCUCUCCAAAUAGUAGCUUGA